CCCUUUAAAUACCUAUGUCAAAUUUUUUGAAAUUUGUGAUUAUGAUGUAAAUUAAUAUUUAAACAUUUGUACAAUAAAUUAAAUGUAUAAUAUAAAAAAAUAUAUCAUGUUAAAAACCACAAAUUUCAAUAAGUGUAUUAUGCACCACUUUGAUUUUGAAGGGUUCAUUUAAUGAUAAUCUAAUAUAAUAGUAAUUACAUCUACCGUGACCAACAACACCAGUAAUUAUUGACAACACAUGGAUAUUAAAUUUUAUCAGCUAUUAUCACGGCUUAUCUUCUAAUAACAAUAUUACAUUAUAAUUAUUUCAUUAACUUAUUUUUAAAAUUAUAUUAUAAUUUUUAAUUUUAAAUUGUAUCUAGCAUAGUCCUAUAAACUAAUUAAUAGGCCUAAGGUGUCUUGUAUAGUAUUUUGUAUCAUAUUGAUUAUUUAAUCAAUGUACUUAAUUUAAUUUGUAAUCUAUAAUUUAAAACUUUAAAUUUUCUGCUCAACCAAUUACUAUGAAUCAUAAGCUACGUAGAAAAAAGUCAAAAUAUCAAUCAAUUUUAAAAAAUGACUUACAUAUUGAAUCAGGUGAUAAUCCAACUAAGAACAUAAUGUUAUGCAAUUACGGCCUGGUGAAUGGAUUUGGUAGAAGUCAUGUAACACAAUUGUUUUCUCAGUAUGGACUCGUGGAAAAUAUUACUAUGUUACCAUUUAAAUCGUAUUGUUUCGUUAGUUAUUCCAAUGUACAAGAAGCAAAAAAUGCAUUUGAUAAAAUUAAUGGAAAUACUAGUGAUGUUCAAAAUCAGAGGCCACUUUAUUUAAUUUACACAGAUUCUGUUCCAAAAACAACUGUGUUGCUACCAAAUUUUCCUCCAGGGUUGGAAAUAAUUGACCAUUUUAUUACCGACGAACAAGAAGCUGUUUUAUUAGAAUUUUUUAAUGAAAAUUGGACCGAUUCAAGUAGUAUGAAGAAUCGUCAAGUAAUACAUUAUGGUUAUGAAUUUGAUUAUGAUAAUAAUGGUGUUAAAUUUAAUAGUUAUUGUGAUCCAAUUCCUAAAGAGUUUGAAUUCAUAAUAAAUGCUAUUAAAUUGCGUCUAAAUUGGUAUCCCAAUCAAAUAACUAUCAAUCGCUAUUUGCCAGGGCAAGGUAUUCCAAGUCACAUAGAUACUUGUGGUAUAUUUGAUGGUUACAUUAUAUCAUUAUCAUUAGGGUCUAAUAUAGUAAUGGAUUACAAAAAUGACAAUGACCUAUGCAGUGUUCUUCUAAAAUCUAAAUCUUUAUUAAUAAUGUCUGGUGAAUCUAGAAAUGACUGGAAGCAUGGUAUUACACCUCGUAAAUUUGAUGUCGUUAACACCAUAGAUGGACCUGAUAUUGUGUAUCGUAAAACACGAAUAUCAAUUACAUUUCGACGAGUAGUUCUAUAUGAAGAUACUAUUAAGGACAAACAAAAUCUCUACCAUAUUUUGGGCUGCGAUCCUAUGUCGUCUUAUGAAACUCUAAAAAAGAGCUACAGGAAAUUACUUUUACAAUUACAUCCAGAUAAAUGUGAUUCCCAAUCAGCAGCUAAAAUGUGUGCAGAUUUAAAUAAAGCAUGGAACGUUCUAAAGGAUUCAAAGUUAAAGAAAUCGUAUGAUGAACAAUUAGAACAAAACAAUAUGGACUCACAAGUGACUCUAUUUGAGUCAUUACAUGUUCGAGAUUUAGAAAAAAAUGAAGCAAAUGAUACUUUAUAUUAUAAUUGUCGAUGUGGUGGAAUAUUUUCAUUACCAGAAUCGGAAGUUGUAAAUGAAUCUUUCUUAAAACCACUAUUGAUUCCCUGUGAUGAUUGUUCAUUAUUUGUUGAAAUAAAUUUCCCUUAGGGUAAUUUGUUCAUUCUUGAAUACUCCAACUAUCAAAUUAUAU